AUGGGUGCCUUAAAUAAAAUUUUUGUGAUUUUUUCUAUAAUAGUGUCAAUCAAUUCACUACCGUUAAGAACUCGAAUCGAUACAGUGACUUUUCCUAGUGAAGAUGUAAUCGACCCUGUAAAUUUUCAAGAUAAUUAUAAUAUCAAUAUUGUUAACGACGUUUCAAAUAGCACUGAAGUUGAAGAAGAAAGUUUAGAAGUUGAUAAUCCAAACCCCGGGAACAGUAGCGAAAUUUUAGAAGACGAUUACGAAUUGAUUAAUGACGUGAAAAACAAUAAUGGAGUUGCACUUACAAAGAACGAGUUUAUGCUAACAAACCAAAUAAGAGAAGGAAUGGUAGUAACUAGCUACGAAAUUACACUGGAACCAAGAGUGAAUGACGGAUCAUUUUCUGGGGUGGCCCUUCUCCGAGUACAAGUCCAAUUAAGUACAGCUGAUGAUUCUUUAAAAUUCCAUGUAGAAGAAUUAGAUAUACAAUCUGUACGAGUGGCAGCAGGAGCUGGGUCUAAUUUUGGAGAUGCUGACAGUAUAGAUGUAGAUGAUGGCAUAUUGGAAAUUGAGACUGGUCAUGAAGCAACGUUAUAUACUAUUGAAAUACGUUACACUGGAUCUUUGACUAAAGCCGGCCUCGGGUUGUAUAGUGGCAGUUAUGACACUGCAAAUUACGUGGCGAUGAAUUUACACCCUACCAACGCACGCCGAGUCUUCCCUUGCAUCGAUGAGCCAAAUGUUCAUACUACUAUAUCGUUCAAUUUUGCUGGCGUAGGCAACUAUCAACAUGUAAUAGCUAAUUCUAUUUUAACUGACACAAGCACCUCAAAUGAAGUACAGUUCUCACCAAUGUCGGGUGUAACACAUCUAUGGGGGAUGGUUGCACAUAGCAUGAAUGCUGUAAAUAUACCAAUAACAAACGUGAUUUUAUACGCUCGACCUGGUCGUAGUAAUCAAGAUGCUCAAGCCAAUGUAGCGAUUAACAAUUUCUUUAGCUCGUUCAACACGUGGACGGGUAAAGAUUACGAAUCAAUUAUCGAUAAUCAAGAUGGAAGAUUGCAUAUUAUGGCAAUGCCAGAUGUUGAUAAGGAGUGGUACGCAUUGUCAACUAUUUGCAUCUGGGAGCCCUACGUGUUAAUGGAAAGUGGAGCAUCUGUUAUCCAAAGAAAAACUGGUCUUACCAAAUUAGCAGAAGCUAUAUCCAGACAGUGGUUCGGAUUUGUUAUGGUACCAGAUAACUGGAGGUAUCAAUGGGUCGUUACGGGUCUAGGAAAGUAUGCCGCGCAUCGUAUUUUUAAGGAUUUCCAAACAGAUCCCUUAGGGCUAGAUGAGUCACUGAUAGACGUGAAUGCUGUAUUUGUAAGCGAUAUUAUACAAGAAAGCUUGCUACAUGACGCAUACACCGUAGCGUUACCGUUGGAAGCGGCAGAUGAUCUAUUCGAGGAAGACGAAAUACGAGAGAAUAUUAACGGUUUGGUUAAAACAAAAGCACCAGCAAUCCUCCAUAUGUUAAGCAUGAUUCUGUCCCAAGAUCCGGAAAAAGAUCACAUAAAGGAUGCAGCAGCGGCACUUCUUCAAACUGACGCCUUGUCAAACAUAAACUCUCGAAACUUCUACGAUACUGUUAACGGGUUCUGGAAUAGUGAGCCAAAUAAAUUGAUUGAUGAUGUUAUAGAUUUCAUGGAGAUCUGGACUUUACAAAAUAAUUAUCCUCUUAUUCGAGUUGAUUUGAGACAAGGUGGUGUCGUUGUCACUCAGGAACGUUUUGGCUAUUCUUCAAGACCUCAAAUCAAUUAUAUGAUUCCGAUAUCUUACACGACCAGUAUCAACCCUAACUUUGAUAACAUUUAUCCUGUAAUGGUUAUGGAAACUACACAAUCUUUCGAUAUGGUUCUGGAUGAAGAAGACUGGGUGCUGUUCAAUAUUCAAGGACAAGGUUAUUAUCGUGUGAAUUACGAUAAUGAGCUAUGGGAAAGGAUUAUUGAAGCCUUAGAAGAUCCUGAUCAAAGGUCAAUUAUUCAUCCUAUCAACCGAGCAACUUUAGUUGACGACUCAUUGAACUUAGCGCGAGCUGGAAAGAUUGAUUACGAAAUAGCGUUUAGAGUGGUGUUAACCAUGGAGCAUGAAACCGAAUAUGUGGUAUGGAAAGCGUUCCUCAGAAGUAUGGACUUCUUGAGAGUUCGUCUUUUGGCGUACGUUGACGAUGACGAAGACCUGGAUCCUGCUAUUUAUCGUAGAAUGGUGCGGAGAUCGAUCGUGGCAUUGGAAAAUGAGCUAGGUUUUACACCCGAAUUGAAUGUAAAUGAGCCAGCCAUGACGUCACUGGUUCGUGGUUUAGUGAUGCGCCACGCUUGCACGAUUGGCUACCAACCUUGUAUUGCUGCUGCUAUCGACUGGUUCAGAGACCCGAAUAAUAAAGAUGCCGUGAACCCCAACAUUCCAGCUGACUUGCGUCCUGCAGUAUUUUGCGCUAAUGUUAUGUCCGGAGGAAAUGAAGAGAGAGACCUAUUGCUGGAAUACAUUGAGACUCUCAAUAACGCUCACGAACGCGUGGUUGUUUUAGAAUCCUUGGCUUGUUCUCAGGACAGCAAUUACAUUCAGUCAUUGCUAGAUCAAACCAUUGCCGCCAACAGUCCCUACAAUACUGAAGAGAGAUCGAGGAUUUUUAAAUCGAUUGUUACUUCUACUGGUCCUCAAAAUGUCCGCAUUGCGUUGAACUUCCUCUCACUGAGAACUAUAGAAAUAAGAAAUAUGUAUGGUGGCGCUGAGAAACUAGAAGAAAUCAUUCACGUAGUCGCCAGAAAUUUAGGUGACAGGGAUAUGGCUAAUGAUUUCACCAAUUGGGUAAACUCGCUGUUCAGCGAGCUGGACGACUCUUUGUUAACAGCUGAGAGGGCGAGGGACGAAGUGCAACAAGACCUCCUUUGGGAUAACAUACAUUUGGAUUAUGUGUACGAGUGGAUAGACGAAAACGACGCUCACACUGUGAUGGUGUCCGUUUUGCUGAUAACCUUGGGACUUUUCGUCACGUUAUUUAAUCAGUAG